UCUGUGGUGGUCAGCUAUCUCAAAAGCACACUGAUAUGGAGCCAUACUUGUUUUAGCUUCGAUUACUUCUACUAAAAAUGUGUCCUUACGUGAAAACAAAGCCAAGUUGCUCAGGGAGCAAACUUCUAUUGUUCCCCAGGUUAGCAGUGUGUGACUGAGAUUUUAUAGCUCCAUGCUGUGAACUUUCUCAAGUUGCUUAUUUUCUUGCUGGUGUCGGAAGGAGAUCGCUGCUGUCGUGCUUGUUUGCACAUUAUUGAUCAAUUCAACUUUGUUUUUUCUUCAUCCCUCAAUUUUGGGGUUCUAUAUUGUUACCCGACCAAGGCAGACUACAGCGGUCAGCGAACACCUACAAAAUCUCUUCUUUACUCAUAUCUAUGGCCCAAGCGUCUACGUCAAUCUAGGGUUCAAGGUAUCUGUUUACAUCAUAGACAGAAUAUGGAGCUUCAGCCGUCAAAAAUGCCUGCAACCCUUCAUUAGGUUGGGGGGAGAUUUCCUUGGUAUCAAUACACCCAAUUUCCGAGCCUGCAGAAACGGCCUUGGAGUCGCCCAGGUGACUGUUUCGGGAUACAAUUGUUGGAACAUCUACCGACUCGCGCCAUUUGUAUACCUACAAUAUCUACAAGGUUAUGUUCGAAUCCCCCCGACUACAGGCAAAUACUACUGACCCUUCCAUAGUAAAGAAAAGACAAAUAUUCAUAGGCUUGGAACUUCAUGACUACUGACGAUACCAUAUUUUAUCUAAAGUCAAUAGGUGCAAAGGACCAAUGCGAAAUAAUAUCAAUGCGACGGGAGUGUUUUGGUUAUGCAUAGCAAAACAAUAGGCUGGUUGGACAGACUGAAGUGAUGCAGAAAUCAUUAUUAUUGUAUUACUUUGAAUUGAUAUGUCUUUUGACCUUGGUGUUGUGAGAGCAGAUGGAUUAUCAUUUCCAGGAAGUAUCUUCCGUGGUUACCUAUCUCAGUCAUUUAAAUCCCCGUGAUUUUGCAACGGGUUCCAUACUGCAAUUUUCGUUGCGAAAGCAACAACGCUAGUUUCUCACAUUAGAUUGAGAUGUUGGAAAAGAAAAGAGAUGAGCAAGAUUUUUUUUUAUCAACAUGCCGGUUGAGAAUUUCUGCCAUUCAAUGCGAAUCCAGUAAACAUUGGCACUCAAUUAUUCACCCUCCCCCAACUCUGCCACGUCAAGACUCGCGUCAUGGUAUCAAUGGAUGGCCAGAAGAGGGCGCACAAGAGUGCUCAGUCAUGCAAUGAUUCUUGAAGCGCCUCGAAUUACAGCCGGCUACAGUUGAGGGACAAUUCAUCGACGCAUCCGUUAUCUUGUCCGCUAAUAUUUCACAAACAAGCAUCACAGAAUUGAGAGUUCAAGGCUACCAAUGCACCAAAGCAUGGUAUCGGUACAUCAUCGGUAUGAGGAGCCCUUCUCGCUAUCUACUCGGUUGCGCUACCCACUCCUCGCGUCCAGGAACUUCGUCUCCUUUCCUUUACAUAUUCAGCUAGCAAACGAUAACGCUUUUAUGUCUGUAUUGUCGAGAAACACCAUUCUGCACGCCCGGGAUAUUCGAAAGCUGACCAAACUUGCGCUCAGGAGGUAAUGAAAACUGGACCGCCUCACAACACAUGCAUACAUACGACCCAAACACCUACCUCACUUUGCAUUACUUUUAGGUCAUCGGUUGACUUUCAAAAUAUUACUUAGCCAGUAGCCAUUGAUAAGAGUCAGCUAGCUAACAUCGCCAAAAAAAUGGAAAUGGAAAGGGAAAUGGAAAAGAGGCAACAUGAGCAAACAGCUUUAACUUCCGUCCGACUAUCUUGUGAGAUGCAGAAAGUUUCGAUCCCCUACCAAACCUUCUAGAGCGGACGGAACAAAUUGAUGGCACCUCCAUGUAAAAGAAAAGCCAAGCAGAAAAUCCGAAGAAAAGAAUCGAGGUGGCAGUUGUACAGUAACUACCAGACCUAACUGCAUACCUUGGUAACUCUGUGUUUUCAACCAGUAACACCACAUCCCGCUUUCCUUACCAGCACAAUUGGGGAGGAGAAACCACGCAAUUGGAUAAAUUUCUAUUGAGCCAGCGCCUUGCAGCAGCGAUAUCGGUACGGACCUAAUGGCAUAGCCAUUAAUCUUUUCGAGAGGAAUGAUCAGAUUUCUUCGAUGGGUGGUUUUGACAGGGCGAAACCCAAGAUCAUGGUGAAUGAAUUUUCCUCUAAGUUUUGGACACUCUGAAAAGCCGGAAUUUGGAGGACGGUUGCACAGCGGCUUAGGGAAUUUUCUUGCUUGGACGGUACAAGGAGGAGAUAACCUGAGAAACAAACCCUGUAUCAAAAAAAUAAAAAUAAAAAACAAAAAGUUGCGCCCAAUUCAUUUUCACUGUUUGAAAAAUAUCCAACCCAUUUUUUCAUUUGCUUUCAUAUAUUUGAUUUUUAACAAUAGUACAGUACGUUAUAAUGGAGAAAGGAUUACGUGUCUAUCUUCAAUAAAAGCAACAACAAAUCCUAAGGACGAAUUCCACUCUAUGCCAAUAUUGAAACAAUACCAAGUUUCAUAUCUUCCCGCCUGCGGCACAAGACACGGCAUAGCAAGGACAACGGGGGGAACAAGUGGAGCUUGUUCAAUACACGGCAGAUGUAAAUUAGUUAUUCUAAUAUUAGUACUUUUGCAGUAGAAAGAAAUUCAAUAUUUCUAAUAAGCAUUUUACUCAAAGCAGUGCAUUGAGUAACUCUGAAAAGGGUUUCCCUCUGAUCCACAGCCUGUACGCUGCGUAAGAGAGUAUGUAUAACCCGCCUCUAUAUCCAUUCAUAGUAGGUAGAUAUCAUCCUUCCUGGAUCUUUCUUAUCUUACAAACACACCCGGGAGAUUACACAUUUAUCACCAACCUGCACAUCUCCAUCACCGUGUUCAUUCAGCCAAACUACUCUAGACACAUCCUCAGCAACUGCCAGCAAAUGAGAUAGUUACAUGACCUGACUCGCACCAGUCUCGAGGGAGAAAUCGAAAGCUAACCCGAACCAACCCUUGGCCAUGACACACAUAAACUAGAUCGAUGGAAGAGAGGAGAACAGACAGGAGCACAAUCAGAGUUUCCGCUAGAAAACGGGCAAAGGAAAAACCCCGUCCAUCACCUAUCCCGCGCAUAAAGAUACUCCAUCGGAAGGAUCCCGGAAUUCUGCGAAAAAAGUCAGGAAAUAGGAAUAAGAACUGUUUUUAUGAUCUUCUCCCGCCAGAAUAAAAGAAUAGUUUUGCCCUGACAUUUUUAAUGGCUGUGUGGUCGUCCUCCUUGAAAUUAGCAGAUGAUUGAUUGCCCAAAAGUGCUAGUCCAAUUUAGAAGCAGCUAUAUGAAUGAGAUGAUUAUAUGAACAGGGCGAAGAAGAUAUCACGGCGUGGAUAAUGUUUUUGAAAUGUAUUUUUCUAUAUGGGCCUAGAACUGUCAGCUGAGGUUUUUAACAAGCUGCGUGUGCGGGGUUACAUGGAGAACUAAUACCUCCUCUCAGACGCAGUAGUAGAAGCAGAAAACAAAGAAGCAACAAAAAAACAAGAUCGAGACUGUCAAUUUCCUGUGAAGGUCUAAAGCUUCCUUUGAUUGAAAAGGUGGCUAGCUAGUGGGAAGUUAUAUGGUAAUAAGCCAGGACAUGUAACCUGACAUUUCCAACGUCAGCACUUCUACUAUUGUCUGUCCUGUUAAGUAACUUGGUAGGAGAGAAGACUACUUCUCAGAAUACUGAACUGACAAACGCGGACCUCUCUAUGUAUACGUAUCCCCACAUUCAGCCGCAUGAAGGGAGUCCAUGGAAUAGAUAUAGAUAUAUAUAUAUAUAUAUAUAUAUAUAUAUAUAUGUAGCGUGGCGCAUGGAUUUUGCUGAGAGAUGCUAUUCGGAGAGUUUGUCGUGCAUUCCUAACCACAUCCAUUACAUAGUUAACUUACUUUCCAUACCGGGGGAUUGGGUGAGGGGCAUGAGGGGGGUUUGGCUUGUACUUAAAAAGUAUUUAUAAGAGAUUCAUGUACAUGUACAUACAUACAUAUACAGCCCGUGGAAAGAGUCUCAGGGUUGAUAUAUCUCUCCGUAUAUUUUUCUAGUUCUAUCAAAUCUAUACAAAAACAAAUACCCAACAAGUUAAAAAUAAUAGCUAGACAUCACAUCAUAUCAUAUCAUGUCCACCACCCCAAUCCGCAUCGCCAUAAUAGGCGGCGGCAUGGCCGGCGCCUCCCUCCUGCACGCCCUGCUCAAACACCCCCGCAUCUGGACGUCCACAUCUUCGAGUCUGCCGCUGAAAUCAGAGAAGCCGGCGCCGCGGUUGGCGUGGCGCGGAACGGGCCGGUGCAGUCCCGCAGUGCGGGGUCCGCUUCAUGCAUGCGCAGGGCGAAGGGCGGAAUAGCAUGAUUGAUGAGAUGAGGGAUGACGAUGGGCAGGCGCUGGUGAGCAUUGUGCAUCGGGCGGCGUUUCCGCGGGAAUUGCUCAGGGAUGCUCCGCCGGAGCGGCUGCAUGCGUCCAAGAGGCUGGCGCGGGUUGAGCGCGCGGACGAGGACGGGCCUGUCACGCUUCAUUUCACGGAUGAGACGAGGCACGAGUGCGACAUCGUCGUUGGCGCUGGUGGGAUCCGUAGCACGGUUCGCAGGGGCAUUCUUGGAGAGAGGGAUCCGGCUACGAACGCGAGGAAUGCUGGCUGGUGGGCGGUCAUGGCCUUGAAGUCGUACGCUGAUGUCCGGGCUAGUAUUGGCGAGGAGUUAGUUGAUAUUGAUGAUACCCGUGAACAUGGGUGGGUUGGCGAUGGCGCGUUUCUGAUGCAUGACAUAUUGAACGAAGGGCAGCUGGUGCAGUUCAUCAUUUCCGUGCGUGAGAAGGAGGCCGAGGGGUCGGAUAAGUGGUAUCGAAUGGUGAGCGCGGAGGAGAUUUCAAAGGUCUACUGGGACUGGCCGCUGCAUCUGAAAAAUGCAGCGGAGGAGCCUGAGCAGCGUGCCAUAUACAAUUGGGAGCAUCCACAUGCCCGUACGUAUGUAUCCGGGCCAAUUUGCAUCAUGGGAGACGCCGCUCAUGCCAUGACACCGUUUCAAGGCUCUGGCUGCGGCAUGUCCUUUGAGGACGCUCUCAUCCUCUACACCCUGCUCGGCGGCUCAAAGACUCCUGCGGAGGCGCUCGUGGAUCUACAGGUGUAUGACCAGGUUCGCCGGCCCCGAACCCAACGUAUUGUGGAAUCGAGUCGGAACACAGGGCGCAUCAUCACUGGGGGAAGGGGAGGAGAUAGGGUUGGAUCUGGAAAAUCCAAGGCAGGGCCAACUGCCAAGAUGGGAUUUUAUUAUUGAUUUUGAUAAUGUCAAUGCUCGCGAUGAGUCGGUUGAGAUGAUGAUUGCCGAGUUGGCAAAAAUGAGAGAAAAGCCUUAGAGAAAAGUACAUGUACAGUAGUGCAUGUAUGUACGUUCCGCUGGCUUGGAGCUUUAGAGUCUCGCUGAUAUCAAAUAGAGUAAUUAUUCAGAAGCUCUUCAUCCACAGUUCCCACGCGCAGGCUUGCGGCGUCAGUGCGUUAAUCGUGUAGAUGCGCGAAUAUGUGCGUAUUGGAGGUAAUCUGGCGUGGAAGAUCCCUUUGUUUCCAGUGCAAGUGCGUAAAUUAGUUACGCGGCAUGGCAGCAAG